CGACAUACCUACCUAUAUUUUUAUCAGUUUCGGGAUCGGUAUGUUAUCAUUUUUAAGAUCAUGUUUUAACGGUAUGAAAGGAAAGCGCAAGAAAUAUUAAAGUAUGUAUGUUUUUAUAAUCAAAUGAUCUGUAAGGCAUAUUCUGCAAUAAAUAUUACAAUGGAUGACAACUUUUGCAAAAUGGUGAUAAAGGGGGCGGAGCUUAGAUCAUCCGCUGUUCUUAUUGGCUCGCGUAAGUAAUUCUUCUUGCUCUAAAGAGUUUUAACAAAUGUUAUUGGCGCUUAAUCCCUUGUUGCUGGAAGGACUGUCUAAGAAAUUUGUGUUUAAAUCAAAACUACACCCUUUUGACAAAUUUUCAAACUGACAUUAUAUCCGAACAAUUACUGAGGUAGAUCGCAGGACAAAGGGACCUAUGUGUUUGUAAUCAGCUAUUGUCACCCAGGCGUUCUUCAGCCGCUGGAAUAGUUUUAGAUGACACUUUGUUGACGCUAAGAGGAAAAUUGUUUCUUACAAAAUCUUCGUAUAUAAAACCCCCAAAUCAAGUGUAAAAACUAUUUUCUGAAAGAACCUUGGAAACGCGGGAAAAUGCAGCACUUUCCGUACCCGUACUCUGCCGAACAGCUCGCCUGUCUCCGGAACUACCAGAUUGGACUUUUGGCGGCCUCUUCUAGAAGCACCAAUCCCACCUUGUUCACCAUCGACAACAUUCUCUCCCCACGACCCCUCAGCCUCCAGCAGACGACACCCGAGGUUCGACCUCCGCCAUAUUCACUUUCUCAUCUCACACAACUGCAGCGAGAUUACUAUGCACGGUAUCAGCAUCCUUUCCAAGGUUUAUUUAAUUCAUUUGAUUUUGACAAACUUGGACAAAAACGGAAAAGAAGACACCGGACGAUUUUUACAGAAGAACAGCUGGAGGAAUUGGAAAACACUUUCCAAAAGACGCACUAUCCGGACGUCAUGUUGAGGGAGGAGCUCGCCAUGAAAGUAGAUCUUAAAGAGGAGAGAGUUGAGGUUUGGUUUAAGAACAGGAGAGCAAAAUGGAGAAAGCAGAAAAGAGAGGAAGAGCUGAGCAAAUCGCGUGCAAAAUCAUCCUCUACUGGGGAUAAAAACGAUCAAAACAAAGACAAGGACUCUUCGGAAGCCCUCGGAUCCAACUGUCCGGAAGGCAUUGAUGAUGUCGAGGUUUGUGUUGAUGAUGACGUCAGUGAGGACUGUGCCAAUUCCAGCGCUGCAUUCAGUGAAAGCAGCUUCUCAACUAGCUCAGAGGACGAGGAGUCCGAACACGUAAAUGACUGCAAAAGACCGAAACACUCCGAUCAGACGAACUAUAAUCUGUCACGUGAUCAAAGUGUUGAUGAUGGGGAACAACAUUCAGACAGUGCAAUAAAUUCAUUUGACAAAGCUAAUCCUGGAUGCAGUGGCCAUGUCGGUUCAGAAUGACAGCUUCCGGUUAUUCAUGUGGGUCCCCUUGUCAGUAUUUGUAUUUUGUCAUCGAAGCUCAUUUUUAUUGGUAUCCUCUAGACAUUUGGAUAACAUAGAGGACAUUAAGAUCACAUAUUCCGUAUGCUUAACACACCGUUCAGUAGAUUUAGUCACGUGACUCUUUGUUGGCCAAAUGCAUUUGAACUGUUGUGAGAUGCCAAAAUUAGAUUAUGAUUGUUGUUAAUAAAUUGACGUAAAUAUA